CGUGACCCGACCCGCCGCGCGCCUGGCGCUUCCGGGGGGCAGUCAAGUUUGGCGGAGCGGGAGGUGUCGCCGUCGUCACCACCUUCACUACCACCAUCACCACCAUGUCCGGCAACGGGCUCAGCUACAGCGAGCAGGGCGCGGAGGCCGCGCCCGAGGUGGCCCAGGAGGCGGCGACCGCCACGACGCCUUCGACUACCGCGGCCUUCGGGCUCUUCAGCAGCGACACCAAAAAAAAUGAAGACCUAAAACAAAUGUUGGAAAGCAGCAAAGAUUCUGCAAAGCUGGAUGCUAUGAAAAGGAUUGUUGGGAUGAUUGCAAAAGGAAAAAAUGCUUCUGAGCUGUUUCCUUCUGUUGUGAAGAAUGUUGCCAGUAAAAAUAUUGAGAUAAAAAAGCUUGUAUAUGUUUAUCUGAUGCGUUACGCAGAGGAGCAGCAAGACCUAGCAUUAUUGUCCAUUAGUACUUUCCAGCGUGCUUUAAAAGAUCCUAAUCAGUUAAUCCGCGCAAGUGCUUUAAGAGUUCUAUCCAGUAUACGUGUCCCAAUUAUUGUUCCUAUUAUGAUGCUUGCUAUUAAGGAAGCCUCUUCUGAUUUAUCUCCUUAUGUGAGGAAGAACGCAGCCCAUGCAAUCCAAAAGCUGUACAGUCUUGAUCCAGAGCAAAAGGAAAUGUUAAUUGAAGUGAUAGAAAAGCUUUUGAAGGAUAGAAGUACGCUGGUAGCUGGGAGCGUUGUGAUGGCAUUUGAGGAAGUGUGUCCAGAUAGAAUAGAUCUGAUUCACAAGAACUACCGGAAGCUCUGUAACUUGCUGGUUGAUGUGGAAGAGUGGGGUCAAGUUGUUAUAAUCCACAUGUUAACUCGAUAUGCACGUACACAGUUUGUAAGCCCAUGGAAGGAUGAUGAGCUGGUAAAAGAAUAUGAUGAAAAUAAUUUCUAUGAAUCUGAUGAAGAACAGAAAGAAAAGGAUCGGAAAGUGAAAAACACCUAUGCUAUGGACCCAGAUCACAGGCUGCUGUUACGAAAUACAAAGCCCUUGCUUCAAAGCCGAAAUGCUGCUGUAGUAAUGGCAGUUGCACAGCUUUACUGGCAUUUGGCACCAAAAGCUGAAGCUGGUAUUGUUUCCAAGUCAUUGGUGCGUUUACUCCGUAGUAACAGGGAGGUGCAGUAUAUUGUUCUGCAAAAUAUUGCCACUAUGUCAAUUCAGAGAAAGGGCAUGUUUGAACCUUAUCUGAAGAGUUUCUAUGUUAGAUCAACUGAUCCAACAAUGAUCAAAACACUAAAGCUUGAAAUCUUGACAAAUUUAGCAAAUGAAGCCAACAUAUCAACUCUGCUUCGAGAAUUUCAGACUUACGUGAAAAGCCAAGAUAAACAGUUUGCUGCAGCAACAAUUCAGGCUAUAGGCAGAUGCGCAACUAACAUCACCGAAGUGACUGACACAUGCCUUAAUGGUCUUGUAUGUUUGCUGUCCAACAGGGAUGAAAUUGUAGUUGCUGAAAGUGUUGUUGUCAUUAAGAAACUGCUGCAAACCCAGCCGGCACACCAUGGUGAAAUUAUUAAGCAUAUGGCCAAACUCUUGGAUAACAUUACAGUUCCAGUAGCCAGAGCCAGUAUUCUCUGGCUCAUUGGCGAAUACUGUGAACGGGUUCCGAAGAUCGCACCGGAUGUUUUGAGAAAGACAGCCAAGAGCUUCACUAAUGAAGAUGACCUUGUAAAGUUGCAGAUCUUAAAUUUGGGUGCAAAACUCUAUUUAACAAACUCAAAGCAGACAAAAUUGCUUACCCAGUACGUAUUAAAUCUCGGCAAGUAUGAUCAAAGCUACGACAUCAGAGACCGUACAAGAUUUAUUAGGCAGCUUAUUGUUCCGAAUGAGAAGAGUGGAGCUUUAAGCAAAUAUGCCAAAAAAAUAUUUCUGGCACAGAAACCUGCCCCAUUGCUUGAAUCUCCAUUUAAAGAUCGGGAUCAUUUCCAGCUUGGCACCUUGUCUCACACACUGAACAGCCAAGUCACCGGCUACCUAGAGCUGUCCGACUGGCCAGAGGUGGCGCCUGACCCCUCUGUCCGAAACGUUGACGUAGCUGAGUCGGCAAAGGAGUGGACUGGAAUUCAAGAUAAGACUGAGAAAGGGAAACCUACUGAAAAGUUCUACUCUGAAUCAGAAGAGGAAGAAGAUGAAUCUGCCAGCACCAGUGCAUCUAAGAGCGAAUCUGGCAGUGAAAGUGAGAACGAAGACAAGGAAGAGGACAGCAGUGAUGAAAGUAGUGGGAGUUCCUCUUCCAGCGAAGAAUCAAGUGACAGUGAAUCAGAUAGCAAAGAAAGUACUGAGAAGAAAGCAUCUAGAGUUGCUGCUGAGAGUGAAUCAGAGGACAUUAAAAAGAAAGCAAAGGGGAUCUCCACAGACAGAAGCACGUCCAGUUCCUCUGAUGUAGAAUCCACUUCAUCAGAAGAAAGUUCUUCAGAAUCGAAGUCAGAAUCAGACUGUAAAAGUGACUCUGAAUCUGGAAAAUCUAGAAGUGCUACCUCUAGUAAGAAAGAAGAAAAAAGAAUACAAGAUAGAAAAGCUCCAAAUAAACAAGACGUGUUCCUCUUAGAUCUAGAUGAUUUCUGUCCUGUGACAACACCUGUGGCAGUUCCUACAGCAGCUGUUUUAUCCCCAAGUUUAACAGCAGACCUAGAGGGAUUAAGUUUGUUGAGUUCAUCGGUCAUUGAUCAGGUCACUACCCAAGUCUCUGUGCCAACAAAAACACAAGAACUGCUUCAUCGAAUGAGUGGGAAAGGGUUAGCAGCUCAUUACUGCUUCUCAAGACAGCCAAGCAUUUUUGAUGAUCGUAUGGUAUCUGUGCAAGUGACAGUAACAAAUACAACUGAUCAGAAGAUAGAGAAUAUUCACAUUGAAGAGAAGAAACUGCCUGCCGGCAUGAGGAUGCAGGAAUUUAAUCCAAUAGAGUGCCUUGAGCCUGCAGGAUCCAUUACUGUUUCAAUGGGUAUUGACUUCUGUGAUUCUGCUCAGACAGCCAGUUUCCAGUUAUGCACAAAGGAUGAUCGUUUCAAUGUUAACAUUCAACCCCCUGUUGGAGAGCUACUUUUGCCUGUCACUAUGUCAGAGAAAGACUUUAAGAAGGAGCAAGGGAUGCUGACAGGAAUGAAUGAGACAUCUGCUACAAUAGCUGUUGCUCCGCAGAACUCUACUAGACUUAUAGUAAUUGAGAGGGUAGUCAAGGCAGCAAACCUGGGUGUAGUCCCUUCUGGUCAAGAUAACAUACACAGGUUUGCAGCUAAGACUGUGCACAGUGGGUCACUCGUGCUAGUCACAGUGGAGCUGAAGGACAGCUCUACAGCACAGCUCAUCAUAAACACAGAGAAAACCGUGAUUGGUUCUGUUCUGCUGCGGGAGCUGAAGCCUGUCCUGUCCCAGGGGUAACCUGCUUACAUCUGGACUUCAGAAUCUGGCACACAACAAAAGUGCCUGGCAUCCACUACUGCUGCCUUUCAUUUAUAAUAAUAGCCUUUCCAUCUGGCAGUGGGGGAAGAAUACACUCUUGACAUUCUUGUCUUCUGCUUUAGAAUGCUAGUGUGUAUCUGUCAUAUAGGCAAGUCUCUUCCUUUUUUUCUGCUUGCUAACCAAAGAAUAUAUAUUUUACUGUCAGUUAUCAGCGCUCUUAAAUGUAAUUCCCAUUUGUUCUAUCCUAGUCCUUCCCUCUCUGCUCCCUUCCCCCUUACCUUUCUUCCCCAUCGAUAUUCCCCACUGUGGUGGACAAAUUCUAGAUAAUAAAGUUCAAGGGAAAUCACUGCUUGAAAACUGAGUUAAAAUGGCAGGUAGGUUCCAGCAACAUAUGCAGCUGCUGCAUGGUUUGGGAGGCUUUUUUGCGUAAGUAUAAAAAUACAGUAGGUACAACAGAAUAAUGUUUGCUUCCUGGAAAUGCUUGUAGACCUGAACUCGUGUAUUAAGAAGAUUGUUCCCACUUACUGCCAUUUUCUCAAAUAUUUCUGUUAAGUUUCCAAUAAAGUAGUGCUAUAAGCAGGGGCUCUCUCUUACUUGUUUUCAUAAGGAACUAAGCGAUAAGGUGAUUGCCAGUGUUUUAUGUAACUGGGUAAUUAAAGACUAACAAGGUUGGACACUACAUAGGCAUCAGCAAACUGUCCUUGUGAAAGUAGUGAGUGUUUGUGCUCCUGUUGUAAUUUUCUGAUAUGCAGUUGCAUUUUUGUUAAUAAAGCCAAUAACUGCCUCUUUUCAAAUUGGCCCAUUUAUAAAAUACUGAUUGAAUUAUUAGAAAUUAUAUUAAAUACUGAUUAUUAGACUAUUGUGGCAAACUCUGUCUUUUAACUUAACAAAUUAUUCAGAUCUUUGCUUCAGAUUUCUUUUGAGAUUAAACUGAGAUUAAAACAUCUCCCACCUGUGCAUAAACCAGGGCUUGAGACAAAGAGAAAUUCAUAGCCAUAUCUACCUAACUAGGCCUAAGAAGACAAACAGCCAUGCAACCUUUGUUGUGCCUUGUUCUCUGCCUCUGGCCUGGGUGUCCCUCAUUUUCACCUUCCCUUCGCAUUCUGGUUACAUGGUAGGACUGAAGAUGCUGAAUUUUGUCAUUUCAAAUCAGUUCCUCUCACUUCCAAUACUAGUAACUUCCUAGUAACUCACGGCUCUGCCACAUAUGUUUUCAUGACAGAGAUAUUUGGAUAACUGUAACCUUUGCUCUGUCAUCAGGAACGUUACAUGGUCUUUUAAUGCUAAGAGGUGCUGUUUUGAUUUAGCAUUCUGGAUGGUAGGGCGUACUGCUUCAUCAGAAAUGCUGCAUUACUGCACACUGGAAAAUUCUUCUAGAAUUUUCUAAUAAAUUUGGUAGAACUAAAUGCAUAGAGUUUAUUGGCAAAUUCUAAAGUGGGGUUCUUUUUGAGGUAUUUAAGUUGCAUUUGUGUGGGAAGUGUAGUUCUGGGUUUUGCUAGCACCCAAAAUAUACUGGCACUUCUCAGACAAAGAAUCAGAUGCCCUCGACAGAAAGGUACCUGCUCUUUAUCAAUGUUUGCAUUAUUUUCUGAAGUUCUAAUCCUGCAAUAAGCUUUUUCUUGAAUUACAGUUUUCAAAUGUGAUGCAAAAAUUAUUCAAACAGAUGAAAAAUUAUUCAGUGUAGAAAAUACCAUUAUCUCAAAGAAAAUGCAGAUUGGUCUAGAUGAUAUUUGAUAGUAAGACUCAGUGAGAAGGUGGUGAGGGAAAGGUGCAGAACCAUGCUUCCCGAGAAACAACUGAACUGCAAAACCUUCAUCUGUGUUUGUAAAGGAGAAAACAAACUAGAAUUGUUUCUUGUACCACAGUAUAAGUCAAAGGAAAGCACAUUAAUGCUUUGUAAGUCACACAUGUUGCUGAGUUAAUAUCUGCUUCCCUUUAACGAAGCCCAGAAAUGUGUAUAGUAAGGAUAUUUGUGGAGUUUCUGGUAUUAAUUUGCAUUUUUCAACAAUUUGUGAUUUGGUCCAGUAGUUCAAUAACUUUUGAUACAGGUAUCUGGGGUAAUGGUGUGGUUUGAAAAUUUAUGCUGCCUUCCCCAAAUAGUAAUUUGGAGAGAAAUUUUCUUUAAAGACAGAUAUUUAAAUAGUCACAUAUCUCUGCCUGCACUGAAGCUCAGCAUUCAGGAACCUGAACAUGCUCACAUGCACAUGUCUUACAAUAAUACUGGAAGUUGCACUCAGUCAUAAUUCAGCCAGUUAACAAUUGUUUCUUGGGUUUGCCAUAUAUCAUUUUUAUUCACUUUCUUCCAUAGUUUCCAUCAUUUAUGGAGGCAUAUUAAAGGUAAUUAGGGUAUGAAGUAGAUAACUAGUCUAAAUUGCAAUCUAGCACUCAUUUCAGAGUGAUUUGCUGCUACCAGGUAGCACCAGCUCCAGUCUCUGUGGGUAGACUUUUCAGUCAGGAGCUAUGGCCUGAGAACCACCCAGCUUCAUUGGGAAUCCAGAGUUGGGCAGCCUUGGAACAUGCCUGCGUGUGUGACUUAGGAGUAAGGCCAAAGCAUAGUAUUGCAGGACCGGUGAGGCGGGUUUUGCUAAGAUGGUUAAAAAUCAUAUCAAGGUCUAUUUCAGGGAGUGGGAGGUGAUGGAUAAUUACUUAAAUUAUGAAGGGUUCAAAAGCCAAAAUGUGAAGGAAAGUAGGAAAAAAACCUGACGUAUAUUAUCAAACCCAGGAAAUUUGUGUAUAAUUUUAUUAACUUUAAUUCGGUCAUGUCCAACAUAAGUAAAAUUCAAGGACACCCAGGGCUACUGUGAUCUAGUCCAAGCUGUAAAACUGAUGCUGGUAGUUACAAAGAAUCCAUCCAACAAGAGCAAGGACAAACAGAUCCAAAAGUUUCUACAUAGUGAGAGGUUGACAUUUUAUCUCUUCUUUGGUUCCCGAUUGUUUACACACACACAUAUUCCCCCUUGUGAAAAGGAAGGGGGUUGGGUUUUUUCUUUAAGUAACUGAAUUUUCAAAUUCAAUUAUUCCAAAAUAGUUCAAACAUUUGGAAAGAGUAGGCUAUGGGGAAAAGUUAUGUUAUUGUGGAUGGCAGAAUAUAAAUGUAGGCUUGAUGAAUGACAGUCAACAUAAUUUUUUUCUCUUAGUUACCUUUCACAUGCUGUUGUAUAAAAGCAUUGGAUUUUUUUUCCUGCUUAUCCUGCUUUAAUUCUAGUAACUAAAGAAAAAGAGCAGAAAUAGAAAUGAGUCUAGAGCUAGGAACAAAAUAAUGGAAGAUAUAAAUAGAAUACCAUGUGAAAGGGUAGUGGAAGAAAUGAAAGUGUUUUUAAAGCAGGGACAUGAUAGAAUACAUCAAAUAAUGAGUGGCAUAGAAAAGAUAAAUUGAUCUUUCCUGAUGAUCUUUUCUACUAACUCAGGAACAAGGUGGCGGUCUGUAACAUUUUUAAAACACAAUGUUUAAACCGGAGGGAGGAAUUAAAUUUUUCCUGUGUCUUUAAACACAACAUGUACUUAAGCUCUGGUCAUCUGCUGUCACAAGAUAAAUACGAUUUUUACUAAAUUUGGAAUGAAAUUGGAAAUUUACAUUACCAAAGGAAUGUACAGAUAUGGAUUGGGUAGGAUACAAGAAGCCAUAGGAGCUCUAAAUCUCUUAGUCUGAGGUGUAGGCUAAUGACUGAUAUUUGGUGAUAGGAUGGAAUCCUUUCAGACACUUAGUUUUGCAAUGGUCCAUUACCAUAAUCAGUAUUAAUUCUUUUUAAAAAAUAUUCAAUUACUGAACUGUCUAGUUUUGCACACAGUAUCUUAUAUGCUUGGGUUAAUUUUAACUUAGCAUUUAAAUGCUCUAAGAAGAUUUCUGUAAGCAAUGUACAAAUCCCCAUCUAACUUUCAGUGUGUGCCAGAAACAAACAUAUGAGGAUUGGAUCCUGUCCCCUUCAUUUUCUGUCAGUUUUUCUUCCUCCCCUUCCCCAUAUUCUUGUUCAUUUUAUCAUACAGUGUGUGUUUUUAUAACACUUGUAUGUUAUAUUAAAUGUUUUGUGGUGCAGACAGCAGGCUUUGCUGUGUUUGCAUCAUGUGUUUUCAUUGCUGAUGGGAGUCUUUGUGCACAACGCUGAUAAAAGCAAUGCUUCUGUUCAGCUUAUUUUCCUCUUACCUGGUAUACUUGUGCUUUAUGUAGCACCGUUCAGUGAACCUGUUUGGAAGAGAAAGAGAUGGUGAACACCACUGCUUUUCCAGUCCUACAGUUAACUGGUUUUGCCUCAGAAGGUACAAGUUGAACUACUUUUCAGUGGCUGGUAGCUCUGAGUCCGUGCUAUGACCAUACUGCCCCAAAUCCCAAUCCACUUAAAUGUCUCUGUACAUUCUGGUGCAUACAGGCAUAUCUUUACAAAUAGCAUUAUUCUAAACUCCUUUUUCCCACUGUGCAUCUGUAAAAGAGAGGGCAAAAAUUAAUUUUGCUGGCUUCCACCACUACUUUUUCAGUCCUCUGCAGGCCCCAGUCUGCUCUCCCCCCAUCUCCUGGUGACCUGCCUCCUCCUUUGACCAGCUUCCCAAUAUUAGCUUUCAGAGGAGAGGAAAGAGAGCAGCAGCUCUGCCCAUAGCACCAUCUAAUGCAGCAUGUAUGUUGUGAGCCCACAUCUCCAUGCCCCCACCUCUGGCUCAGCCCAGACCUUUUUUUAUCCUUGAUGGGAAGGAUUUAGACUAAGCCUUGCAAAAAGCAGCUAACAACUCAGCCUGCUUCUUCCAAGAAAGAGCAAGACCUCUUGAUGCACAAGGGUCCUACUCGUCAUGUAAAAGUGCUAGUGGACUCUGGUGGGUGGUGAGAAGGUGGUGAAAGGCUUCCUCUUCUACCAGCCACGACUGGCAGCCGUUCAGCCACUAGCCAUGGCAAUUGGCAGGUGGUUAAGGGAGACAGGGGGGAGUGUCCUGGUACUUCCAGCUGCCCUGCACAGCUUUCACCUGAUCUUGGACCCUGGGACACCAGCUUGAUCUUACACAGCACCCCAAGUCCAGGAGCUGGAACAGAGUAGGCAAGGGAGGCACUGGGAGGACAGGAGCCUUGGGAGAGGCAGUGUGAGCUCUUCUGCAAUACAUCACAUCUGUCCAAAACAGCUACCUCUUGUCCCCUCCUAAGCACUGGCAGCAGCCAUAGGCCAUUGGUGUUCACAGUGCUUCGAGGCCAAGGCAGCCAGGGGAGCUGGCAUGGCGAAGCCCCUGCAGGUGCCUCUGGAGCUGAAGCUGGUCAAUGUGGCUCCACAGGGCAGGUGGAGUGUCCUCUGCCCACCCUGCAGCCCCCAGGCACACCUGUCCCGUUUGGGAUGCCAGAGGGCUCCCAGCAGCCUACCUGGGUGAAGCAGGGCAGGAAGGGUGGCAGAGAGGCAGCAAGCCCCUCAGGAGUGGUGUGGAAUGCUGGCUUUAAUGGAGGUUACUAAUUAAAUCCCUGCAGCCAUCCCAAGGGGGGCUUUCCUGGGUGCCAGACCUCUGCUCCCGCGACCUUGAGCAGACCUGUGUGAGUGAACACUGAGGCUGCAGCCUCACAGGGGGCAGCUGCCUCUGCCCUGGUGCUCUGAACCCCUGCUGUCUUCUCCCAUAUGGUGCUUGGUGGCUUGUAUGUAACAUACCGCACUGCAGGGACGCUUCCCUCUCUUUGGCGAUCAAUUAUUUGAUCCCACAGUAUUCUUUAUAUCAUUUUCAUUUUGCUUUGUCCUCAUUUAAUGUGAGGAUAUUUUGGUAUUUAGUUGCACCUUGCAGUGUGCCAGCAAUGCACAGCAUACCGAUGCUUGCUGAGUCCUGUUUGGAAAGUAAAUGGCGUUCCAUAUGACUCUUAAGACAUCAGUUGUAAGGGAGGUAAAAGGGAUGAAAGCAUUACCAGUUUAGUCUUUUUUUUUUGACUUUUUUUCCCAGUUCUGACAAAAAAGCAGGUUAUCUGUUCCACUUGGUACCAUUGAUUCCUCCCUCGGCUGUCUGUCUUCAAAUGUUUGCAGAUUCAUGGUAGGGUUUUGAAGGCCUCAUAACCUCCUCUGUGAGGCUGCAGUGUUUUCAUGGGAUUUUGGGUUUGUUUUGGUGGUCAGGUCAUUUUACGGAUGGGGCUUGGAGUGCAGCCUUCCAGAUGCUUGGAUUCAGCACAGCUAUGGGAGACUACACCCUGCUGAGGCAGAGAGAGGAGCCUCUUCUGUCCCUCUUGCCCUUACUAUCAUGCCCUGGCAUCAUACUGGAACAACAUCAAAGUGUCAUCUUCUAUCAGAAAAAAAGGGGGAGGAAAGGGACACACCUCUGACAUGGUGCACAAAAUAAACUUUUCUGCUCCCUCUGGGUCUGUGGGCCUCUGUCAAUACCUGAGUUUGGGCAAAGUUAGUUGGUGGCUAAGCUUCACAUAAUUGAAAGUCAUUCUGAUUUCUGCACUACGGUGUAAUUGCUUAAAAAGCAUGUUAUUUGAUGAUUAAGAUUCUGGAGUGAAUUGUGUUCUUUUGGGUUCUUGCACUGUUUCUCCAUCAGGGACUUGGUUUCAGCAGUGUGCAGCUGCUGGAGUUGAUUUACAGUGCUGCGGCUGUGGCUAGUCAUAAAUAAAUCCUCUUAUAUAGUUGUUAUGAACACCUGUUAGAUCAUCUGUCAGCAAAGCGCUGUUCACAUUUAUCAUGGUGCGGUAGUUAUUUUACCUCAAUCCAUUUCCAACUGACUCGGCCUCCAUCACUGGAUUACUAUUACCACACCAUAAUCGCUCGUUUCCACUCCAUGUUACAACUUGCAGAUAAAAGAUUUCACUACUUGGCCAAAUUUCAUAAAUAAAGGAGCAGUUCAGUGCAGUAAAAGUUUAUUUUUGUCAUCAUUUGUCACCCCAUUAUUCUAUAAAUCAAAUGGAAUAGCGCUAUUGCUAGCUCAGGCAUUGCUGUCAGCCCUAGGCAUGGAAAUGGUCCGUUUCUUCUUUUUAGAUGAGAUGACAUGUCUUUCAGACUUAACUGGCUUAUGGCUUUGUUUCACCCAUUUUAUUUUAUCACCCCUUCAGAAAAAUCUUUGGGGACCAGAGAGACUAAAGGAGGAAAAUGGAAUCAGAAAACACAGUAAAACAUGCUGCUUUAGCUCUGUUAUGUACAUUUCCCUCCCCCGCAAUCAUUCAUUUACAAACUCAUCCACAAAAAAAAAUGGAUCUGGAUAUAAACAGCCCCUCAAUGCUUUCUCUGGCUUUGCACAGAUUUUAUAACUCAUGUCAAAAUACUGGGACUGAAAAGGCACUGGACAGUGCUUCACAGUCCUGCUAAUGCACCUGCUCCUAAAUAGACUCCCUGGCUCCCUGCACAUGGGUGCAUCAUGGGGUUGUGCUUUUGUUCUAAAGGUUUGCACUGAUGAAUUCUAUCUUAGACUCUGAACCAUCUAAUAACACCUUGCUGCGCCUUGCUAUGCAGCUUCACAACCAAAAUCCUCAGGAUGUAACCCUGCACCUUCCCAGGUGCAACCUUCAUAUAAAUGUUUACUUUUCUGGUUUUUGAUGAUUUCUUGAAUCUAGCUAUAAAAUCUGUUCCUGGGCUAUGCCUUGAUAUUUUUGGCCCUGUGUCCAUUACAGAUGCUUGAGGUUUGUGUGAUCUAUUGGGAAGCUACGAGAUGGAUCUCAGACUAAAUUUUGAAAAGCGUGCUAUCUCUUGGCUUAGAGCAGAAUAGGAUGAUGAUAAAGGGAUGGGGUAAUAGAAAAGGGUUUAUAGUUGAUGUUAUACUUCUGAGUUGGUUCUAAUUCAAGUUACAUUCUUCAUAGUCAUUAUGUAGCUCAUAAAUUCAAUAAAGUGUUUUACUAUUACUAUAAAAAUGACAGGAGGGGGGUUUUAUGUUGUAAGUUUCGUUAGUUGCUCUUCCUGUUUUAUGUUGAAGUUCUCAGGCCAUUAUGUCAUUAAACUCCUUGGAGUCUGAAGGGCUCAGGCCCCUCCGUUCCUUAUUGCUGAUGCGGCGCCUGCUGCGGGGCAAAUGUCUGUGUGGUCAGUCCCCAUCACUGCCACCUUCCUCAUCGAUGACUCUCUUUAGUUCCAUUUUGGCUUUGCUUUUCAUUCAGAAACUCAGGUACCUGCUUUUGUGAGGAGGCAAUGUGAAUUUCAGGGUGGCUAUGGCCCUGCUCUGGAUGUCAAAUGCUCACUUGUGGCUGAUCUAUUCGUGCGUGGAAAUGGCUAAACCCUUUUAUUGCGGUAGGUCUUUGGUGGCUGUGGGAAGAGUCUGCUGCCAAAGAGGAAUGCUGUGCUUUGGAAAUAAAAUGCCUUUGGAGAAUUCACCCUCCCUUUUGCCUUCCUGGGAAGAAUUGCUGUGACUUUUCUCCAGCCACCUUUGUUGUAAAAUUAUGAGCUCAUCAUGGUUUGAGAGUCUUGUUCAGUUUGCCCAUGGGCAAAUGCUUGCAAACACAGUCUUGUGCAUUUGCUGGAAAGGUCUCUAAAGGCAAAUCCAGGAGGGUUUUUGCCUCUUCAUUGAUGGGGGAUAUUUUUUUCAACGGCACCGUAUAAUUUCUGUUAUUUCUGCUUCAUUAGAGGAAAGAAGCAUUGAAUAUCUGACCCUGGAGCCUUCGCCUUCUCCAGAUGUUUGCUUUGCACACAAAUAAUCUGCAUGAAAACAGUAACUGCUAAUUCUGUGGCCAAAGUGCAUCAGGACCCUAAUCUAAAACCUCCCAAUCCAUCCAGCUGUCUGGCAUUUGCU